AUGAACUGGAUACCUCUUAACCGAGUAGGAGAUCGGGUUGGAAACAACCAAAGGGUUAGCCGGAAAAAGCAAGUGGGACUACGAGGACAACAGAAAGAGUCUCCAAAAUUCAGCACUCUUCAUUGGGGGAUUCAGGAGCUAAAAGCAAAUCGGAAGGAGGAUCUGAUUGGUGCAAAAGGCUUGAUUCCCUACAGUUUCAAAAGCCAGCAGAGGUUUAAUCCAAACAUUUUCACACGCUCUACUACUUUGCCGACCAACUAUGAGUCGAUUGAGCCAAAUACACCGGGAUUCACCAACUGCAAGUUGUCCCUGAUUCAGUUGGAGAUGACUGGCAUAUCACCAAAGUCAACAUUUGAGAUAAUCAUACGCUGGAAUCAAGAAAAGAAUACACCGCGCGCUCAGAUAACAAAACACUUCGGUUAUGCAGUCUGGAGCCUUCCAGUUCGGAGCGUUACUGACCGGACGGUCCGUGGUUCGAACCUACCCUCUUUUUUUCGACCUCCCCUGACCAGGCUUGAGCAACCCGGCAGUAUCCCAGCCCUCACGCAUCCUUUGGGUGGCAUGGAAGCUAGGCACAAAAACGGCGUUACAGCUGAAUAA